UGCUUUUAUACCUCCUGCUCCUGGAUUUCGGUCUGAACGCUGCCUUGGCUGUCACUUCACACACACCGAAAUCACAGGCUGCGCGACACAGCACACAGCAUGUACGCUCACAAACCGAUGUCACGGAUCAUUUUAAGAGCUUUGCUUUCCUAGUAAGUCUUCGGGUCUGAUGUUUUCUCUACAAUCGACAUCUGGGAGAGAAUGCGGUUUCUUAUUUACACAACUUUCUUUGGAUUUUUCCUCAGAACAGGGCUGGCACUUCAAAUCCAGUGCUAUCAGUGCGAGGAGGUUAAGCACAAUGACUGCUCCACCCCGGAGUUCAUCGUCAACUGCACCGUCAACGUGCAGGACAUGUGCCAAAAGGAGGUGCUCGUGAAGGAAGAUGGUGUGCAUUACCGGAAGUCCUGUGCCUCUUCGGGGGCGUGCCUCAUCGCCUCUUCGGGCUACCAGCAGUUCUGCACGGGCAAGCUGCACUCCGUCUGCAUCAGCUGCUGCAACACGCCGCUCUGCAACGGACCCCGCCUAAAAAAACGCCCCGCACCGUCCGUCUCGCCCCCGACCACUCCCCGCACCCCCCUCAGCCUCCUGCUCCUUUUUCUACCGCCCCUCCUGCUGACGUAGGGCCUGCCCCUUCCUGGACCCGACCAAUGGGGGGUGUGGGGGGCUGUUUUCUGACAGGAUUCUUCAUUUACAGCGCUGAAGACCCAUGUUGAUUUUUCUUAUUAAUUAUUUCAGUUCCUUUCCUUUGGUUUGUCGGCUUGACGGACACUAAGACGGAGUCUCGACCUUAGUGUUUAACAGUACCUUUAGCGUUUGUGUACGGUGCCUGCUCCUCUAGCUUAUAGAUGUUCAGUGGUCCUGGUGUUUAGUGUACAGCUGGAGAGGGAGAGGUAUCCCCCCCCCCAAAGCUCGUGAACAGCCUCCUGGGAUGGACUGACAGGAACAGACUGCUACAAGCGGCCAUAGCGGCUUGGCCAUUGCUUUUUUUCUGACGGUUUUGCGGAAUCCUUGGCUGCUUAAAAUCACUUAUGGUGGUGAACAGUGGCAACAAGGGGAAAAAAGUGUCAAAGUGGAGAUUUAACUGCAGGCAGGCAGAGUGGAGACACAGCAGUGUAACACAAUCAAUAGUCAGCAGCUCUCACAGAAUACGCCUUUUUAAUAUUGUUGUGGCAUUGAUAUUUUGUGAAAAUACGAUAGCGCCAAGUAGAGAACAAAUGAAGUACAUGUCAUUUAUUACAAAUCAUAUUAUAAAGAAUAAUCGAUAGAAACAAGGGGUUUAGUGCAAUGAAAUUUGUAAAAAAUAUAUCUAUUUAGUGAAAAUCAAACAGAAUGCAUGCCAUUUUUCAUAAGCCACUUGAAGAGCCUUAUAAUGAUGUCUGACAGUGUGACAGAGAUAAACGCUGCAAUAUGGAGUGGCCCUGAUAGGGUUUAAUCAAUUUACCCACAAUCCUUUACAGUUUAAAGCAACAGGUUUGAGGCUGUCUCGAGGAAACUGGGGCAUCAGACAGCUCCUUCCUUCUUUGCCUUUUUAUUUAAAUUCUUUAAAUAUAUAUAAAUAUAAAUGGCGCAACAUGGCAAUUCCCACCCUAAUUUGGAAUGGCCAAUGCCGCUAACAAACUGUUGAUUUGGGAGAAUGUAUACAUCACAUGCUCCUCCUCUGAAACCUGAUGUCGUCAGCUCUUUUUUUUAAAGCUUGCAUAGAUUCAGGCGUCCCUUGAUUAGCUUGCAGUCCAAUGGUGCCCGAUCAACCAGCAAAGUUCGCUACAUGGCAAUGAACGCAAAUCCCGAACUGACUGAAACCUCUCACACGGUGGGCGACACAAUUGCCAAUUGCAUGUCACCCUGUGGAGCCUCUGGUCACAGUCUCAGCACUGACAGGAAGAGUUGGUUUUUCACAAUCUAUAGAUCUGGAGAAGAUUGUGUCGAUUUUUUUAAACGGGAAGCAAUGAUUUUACAGUCGCCCUCUUUUCAAUUUACUCUCAAUAUUUCUUGAAAUGCCGGUGUCAUUAUAAUUGGUACAUUUCACUUGAGAGAUUAGAUAAGAUCACCUACAUUACCGGUUUCUUCACUGGCAGAAACAGCUUGAAAGCAUUUUUAUGAAAUUAUUUAUAAAGCCACUACAAUGUUCAUCCUACACUAAGUCUUAAGUGGUAUAGCCUGGAGCACUUUCGGUACCUUCGGUACCUCCAGGACACACAAAGUGCCCUGUUAAACUCACAGGCUAUUCCCUUCCACAUAUCACGGCUCUGUUGUUUGCAGUGGCAGCUGUUUAGGACUGGAGUGAAUAAACUCUCACACUCUCACCAGGGCACAGUAACUCCCUCGUUUCUCCAGAGCUUAUUUCCAGUGUAGCCCUCACCUCUUUUUGUGUUGUGCGUUUUUGUCUGUGGCCCUUCAAUGCCUUGUUGUGCAGUGGUUCAACAGGAGACAGUUGAAUGCUUGGGUUUUGUCUUGCCAUUCUAUGCCAUUGCCAUAUUUUUCAAUGAUUAUUCCCUUUCAGUGUUUGGUGUGGCCAAACACUGAACACUUGUGAAACAUACAACUUAUAGGACAGGAAUUCUCCUCAUUUGUUUGAGUCUGAAAUACUGUACCAGUCUAAUUUAAACAAGAAACAUAGCAAUGGGCAAUUCACAUUUUAAAAUAAAAUAGUUACAUAAGGUAGAUCUCAACUUGGUGUUUAAAGCCAGUCCACCACAAUUAUGAACAGCAUCCACUUCAGGCAGCCAUACAUAAGGUAUAAUGUACAUUAUUAAGUAAUUCCUUUAUGUACAGUAUAUAGUGCAGUCUGUACAUAUUUGACAGUGGUACAAUUUCUGUUAUUUUGGCUCUGUACUCAUGCACAUUGGAUUUUAAAUGAAGCUAUGAAUAAUGAAGUUAAAAUGCAGCCAUUUAUUUUAUUUGAAGGUAUUUACUGUACAUGCACAUUGGGUGAUCUGUGUAGAAACAACAUCUGUUAUACAUAACAUACCAAAUAUAAUGGGACAGUUGGAUUAGUCAGGUGUAUUCAAUCGCUUCCUUAGUGCAGUAAUAACAAAGCUUUCAGUACCUAGUCUUGAUUCUAGGCUUUUGGUUACAUUUGGAGUGUGUUAUUGCUGUUUGUCAAUAUGAGGACCAGAGUUGUGCCAAUGACUGUUAGGGAAGCAUUUAUGAGGCUGAGAAAUAAGAAAAAAAAAACAUAGAAAUAGACAUGGACCAAACAAUAGGCAGACCAAAAUCAAUAGUUUAGAACAUCAUUAGAACGAAAAAGAGCAUUGGUGAGCUCAGUAAUCACAAAGGGACUGGUAGGCAUCUUAUCCCGAUUAUUGUUUCACUUCAAAUCCAAUGUGCUGGAGUACAGAUCGAAAAGAACAGAAAUUGUACCACUGUCCAAAUACUUACGGUAACAUGACAUGCAAAUGUAAUUUCUGGAUGAAAUCGCUGCUACAACCUGUUGCAUUCUGUCUACAUUCUUUCAUCCUUGGAGAAAAUGCAUAUUUAAUUGGUGACUCCUUCGGGAAACUGCACAUCUCCUUGGGGAAACCAUGAAUUUCCUUGGUACCACCUCUGAGGAACAUGUUUCUUGGGAAGCUUAUUGGAGAACCCUGCACUGUACAUCCUUGGCAGGUCUCAGAUUUCAGUUUGUGAAGUCAGGCUGCUCUCCUGCGUCGCACUCCGCUCGGAAGACUCCGAGGGGCCGGCCAAGCUCUCGCGGUGAGUAGGGGCGUGGCCUGCCGGAGGGGAAGUGGCCUUGGCCUCGGUGGGCCGGUCACGCCGGAAGGACCUGAGCAGCAGGGGGCGCAGCGAACGGGCUGAGGUGCUGUCGGAAGUGUUCAGGGUCCUCUUGUUGACGUGCUCGAUGGUCAGCCGGCACUGCAGCACCUGGACAAAGACUCGACGGAACUGGCGGGAGGAAAGGUUGUAGAGGAAGGGGUUGAUCACGGAGCUGAGGUAGAAAAAGGUGUCGGCGAUGGGGUGGAGAACGAUGUAGGCCCUGAAGUAGGGCACGGUCCACUCGGAUUUGGGUGAGGCCGCCGUCAUCAGCCGUCGGAUCUGAUUGGGGAUCCAGCAUCCUGCGAGAGCACCCACAAUUAAGCCUGAGAGAGGGAGGAAAGAGGGGGAGGAGAAGAACACAGGGAAAGAGGAAGAAGGAAAGAGAGUUCAUUGUUAAAUUGUUUUCAAUAAAAUAUUUUUACAGUCUGGAUUUUGGAUUAAUUUUUUUAUUAAUUUACUGCUAGCACAAAAUUUAACAUAUUUAAUUUAUGACAUUAAGAACUAAUAUAGUACUUGCACUUCCUAUUUGCAGGCUUUGAUUCAAUCUCAUUUCAAAAUAUUUUGUCAAGUGGACUGAAGAAAGUGCUAGUAGCUUAAGCGUUCAACUAUUAGUAUUGCAGCUGCUGAAAUUGAGGUAAAGAUUGUAAGAAGCAAUUAUAUUAUGCUUAAUAAAUCAUUUUAGAUUUAAGUUUUGUACACACAAUUCCACUAAAACGUAAGCCUUUUGCUGAAAGUGAAGUAUGAAGCUUAUUGCAGUCAGAUUGAAUCUCAGCCAUUUUUUUUCUCUUGGUGUAAUUUUUUCUUGCUUUUUCUUCUGUGUGCCAUAGCUGUUAUGACAUGCAUUCAUAACACACGAUAAUGUCAAUUAUUCUCAGAAUAAUUUUGCUUUUGUUAAAAUCAUGAAAUCUUACUUCUGUUCUGUUUAAUUAUUUAAUGAGCAGAAAGCACAUUUCUAGAUGUUUAGUGAAAACACAAUUUCAUGUUGAUGUAUUUCAGUCCUGAGUACCAAGCAUUAAAGUCAGUAAUAUAUUCAUGAAAUUCCAUUGUACUUCAGUUUUGAGCUUGAUCAUUUACAUGCACUAAUGAUUAUUUUUUGUCUCACGUUCACAAGCCGGUGAAUAUCAAAAAUAAAAUGAUUACACAAUGACUUUAAAUGGAAGACAAAUGAAAACACAUAAAAAAGUUGUUUAAUGAAUGGGAAGUCAGCUUGAUCGAUUCAAUUUGUGUCUUUGAAUUGAUUACAUAUUUCAGUGGUUUUAAUGACUGUUUAGAAAAUGUCAGCUUAUGAAUGUCAGUGCUCCUCAAAAUGGGAAUUAGAUGAUACAUGUUUUAUAGAAAAUGUCUUUUUUAAAUGGAGGGUUACCAGGAUUGGGCUUCUGUGAAGAGAAUUCAAUUAACACAAAAUAAAACUCAAGAAUUACAUACAAAUAAAGUUGUGGCAAAAGAG